CAAGGAUUAUACAUGGCUGAAGCGAACGUUGUUGAGUUGAAGGAAAAAAUAAUUGAUUUCGUUUCAAAACAUGAGUGUAUAUAUGAUAGGUAUCAUAUGCACUAUAGAAAUAGAUUUAUAAAUGAUCCUUUAUGGAACAAAAUAUCUUCUGAAUUGAAUAUUAGUACCAUGGCUGCAAGACAAUACUGGAGAACUCUGAGAAGGGGUUACAUCAAUUACAGGAGAGCUCGAAAACAGAACUUACAUAUAGGAAAAUAUCCGUGGGCUGCUCAUUUAUCAUUUCUAGAUAAGACUUUAGAUAGCAUAGAACAGUUUAAUGAUUGUGCCAAAAAGCAAAUAUAUUCAGAUGUAGUUGAUUCAUUAAUAACAUCGUCCCAAACAGAACAAAUCACACAUACUACAAAACCUAGUUCCAAGCCAAAUAUAAAUCACUCCAAUACUUUUGAUGAAAUGUCAGAUUUUUUCAAAGGAGUUGAAUUGAAUCAUGAAGAAGUUAUAAAUAAACUUAGGAAUAGUAACACACAAAAAUUAGAUAGUGUUGAUUAUUUAUUUCUUAGUUAUGCUCAAACUUUCAAACAAUUUUCCUUGGAAAGACAAGCUACUCUCAAAGUAGAUCUUGCUACAUUAUUUUCAGAAGCAGAAUUAUAUGAAAUAGAUGAAUCUAAUAAUGAUUUGGAACUAGAUGAUCAGUUUGAAGUCAUAGAAAAUUAG